ACCAAAGUUUUACCUAAUUCAUAAAGACAUUUUACGUUAGUAAAAGAUUUUAUGGGGAAUUUGUAAAUAUCUAGGUCCGUAUCAAUGUUGUUCAGUUCAACCUGUCUGGUCCGUUUUUCACAUAACCGGAAGCAUAAUUAACCGACUUUCGUCUAUCUUUUCGGAACCAGUCGUCAAGCUGACCUGACAGAAAAAUUUGAAGAGACGAAAAAUUUAGGAAAUAGUGAUAAGUAUGCCUGUACACACUUUAAUACUUGGCCAUUCGAUUUGUAAGUGGUUGAUGCGUCACAUUCAGUCAGAAUGCGAUGACCGUUUUAAGCUUUCUCUUGGGCUAAGUAGAAUUUCAACAAUUUCUUUUUACGGUAUUGGUGGUUUGAAUGUGAAUAGACUGCUUCUACAGCACAUGCGAGUAUUGGACGCGCAACUUCCACAGUGUGUGGUCUUGUUGGUCGGAGGCAAUGACGUCACGUUCGACUGUUCGGCGGAGGAAAUUGCGUAUCGUAUACUUUCGUUUUGUACGGUUCUUACGAAUCGGCACAAGGUUAAACAGAUUAUGUUAUGUCAAUUACUGCCUAGGUAUUAUAAACAUGGUAAGACAUUAACUAGUCAGUUGGUGCAGAAUGACAAGACCUACAAGGACAUGUAUUAUACCAAAGCCAUGAAGGUAAAUGAGAUAUUGUUAUCUGAGAUGAGUGGUGACAAAUUCUUCAAUAUAAAGUUUUGGCAGCACUGCAAGUUUCAGUUUGACACUGUGAAUGGCAGAGAUUUGUUUGGUCCUGAUGGUGUUCAUCUGAAUGCCAAAGCUUUAGGAUGCCGAAACGGGCACAGAUGUCGUCCAGUGGGAGCGAUGUUCCUCCGAAAAGACCCCGACGUAAGCAGAGAACUUCGGCUGCAACACCACCAUCUCAAACAGAAGCGUCUGCGUCUUCGACAUCACCAUCUCAAACAGAAUCGUCUGAGUCUUCGAUAGUGCGGAAGAUAACUGAGGAGGUGCUGACGAAAGUGACUCAGCACAUUGAUCAGAAAUUUGACUUGUUGUUAUCAGCUCUGCAGCCCAAUACAGGCGACCAGCCAGACUCUGCAUCUUCUGCUGUUACAGCAACUGUAAACCGUGCAGUCUCUGCUAUCAGUGAUAUUCCCUCGACAGGUAAAAAUAACAUUUCAAUCCUUGGGCAGGAAUCGGGGGUUAGCGACACCAAUGGGCAGCCACAGUUUAUUACAACAUACUUGCCUAGGCUUCUUGGGGGAUUACCCACCUAGAAUUGUAUUUAAAGGCAUGUUUAACAUGCUCUACCCCUGGAGUACCGAAAGGCACACAUGUGGAUCGGGUUAAUACUUCGCAGUUCCCAAAGGGGGUUUGUUUCAAGUAUCAUCAGGGUAUACCCUGCCAGUAUGGAAGUGCUUGCACAUUUCAACAUAACUGUUUUAACUGCUUGGAAGCCCAUGCUUUCAAAAACUGUACAAAACCAAUUUCCAAACCAUUUAGACUCCUUCCCAGAUUUCAAGGGAGAACAAACUCAUUUAGACAAAGCAGUCCAUCACUUAAUACAAACAGGAAAGCACAGGCUCCUGUCAUGAGGGGACAGUUCAGACCGAAUCAACCUCGUACUAACAUGCAAUGAAAAAUUGCAGGGGACUCAGAAUUUGGCUUCUCUGUCCCCCUUAAAGUAGGGAUGCAGUAUAGCCCAAUCAAAGUUAACCGACUGCAGUGCUGGUUAGAGGGAUAUCAAGUUGAUUUAAAGGAAUUUCUGGUGCAAGGUUUUCAUUAUGGAUUUGAUGUGGGUUAUAAGGGUUCUUUUUCACCACAUCAAAUGAGUAAUUCGCAGUCUGUAAAAAAUAUAUUAGUUGUAGAUGAAAAAAUAAACAAAGAGUUAUCUGCAGGGAGAUAUGUUGGUCCCUUUGGGAAGCCCCCAUUUCCAAACUUUUGGGUUAGGUAGAAAAGAAAACCCCUAACACUUACAGACGUAUCCAUAAUCUUUCAUCCCCUAAAGGCAGUUCCAUUAAUGAUGGCAUUCCUCCUGAAAAUUCUUGUGUCGCAUAUUCUUCAGUGCAAGAUGCUAUCAGCUUUAUUAAACACUUGGGAAAGGAUUGUUAUUUAGCUAAAACUGAUAUUUCCAAUGCAUUUAGGUUAAUUCCGAUCAAGCCUACCCAGUAUCAUUUAUUAGGUUUCAAGUGGAAAGGGUCAUAUUAUUAAGAUCAAAAUUUACCGAUGGGCUGCAGCUCCAGCUGUCAGUUGUUUGAAAAAUUCAGUUGUGGGUUAGAAUGGAUUUUAAAACAAAAGUUAGGCAUGAAAGAAGUGGUUCAUUUUCUAGAUGAUUUCUUAAUUUUGGAUAAAUCCCGGGAUAUAUGCAGUAGUAAACUGGCACAGUUAGAAUAUUUUUUCAAUGAUAUAGGUGUGCCAGUUAAUAAAGAAAAGACUUAUGCCCGCCUCAAAAGUCAUGACCUUUUUGGGAUAUGAACUAGAUUCUGGGAAAAUGGAAGUCCGAUUGCCAGCAGACAAGUUGCAAAAAUGCCAGCAACUCAUUUCUAGUUACCUAGUUAAAGAAAAAAUUAGACUUUCCGAAUUGCAAUCGAUAAUAGGCACACUCAAUUUUGCAUGUACAGUAAUUGUGCCGGGAAGGGCCUUUUUGAGAUGGACCAUUGACAUGACAAUAGGGAUCAGCAAACCACAUUAUCAUAUCAGAAUUUCACAACAAAUGAGGGAGGAUUUGAAGAUGUGGGAUUCAUUUCUACGAAACUAUAAUGGUAGAUCUUUUUUUUUGGAAAGUAGAUGGUUAAGUUCAGAUUCGCUGCAGCUAUUUACAGAUGCAAGCACCAGUGUAGGUUAUGGAGCACUCAUGGGGAAGCAAUGGUUUUGUGGUAUUUGGAAUAACAAA